CCAAGCUAAAAAGGGGACGGCCUUCUUUACAACAACAGUGUGCAUUACGAAGAAACAACCGUGUGAAAGAUUAAAGUUUUUGGGAAGUUCUUGGGAAAGUUUGUAGGAAUCGAUCCUACGUCGGCAGCUGGUUUCUUUAUCAGAUGCAGUUUACUCGGUGACAGUAUUUGGUGUAUAAACGUGACAGAUUCAUACCAUGGAGAAUGGGCAAAACCGUCUCCGUAAGGCUCAGGAGGAUGUGGAAGAAGUGAAGGUAAUCAUGCUGGACAACCUAAACAAGGCAGAUGAGCGAUCAACGAAACUUGGGGAUCUGGAGGACAGAGCUGAUGAACUACGGCAAAAGGGAGAAGCCUUCUCAAAAACCUCAGCUAAGGUGAAACAAAAGAAGCGCUGGGAGAAUAAUAAGCUUAAAGUGAUAAUGGCAGCAGUAAUAGUUGGAGUGGUCAUCCUCAUAAUUGUGAUUAUAAUCAUGAAUACGAUUCCAGAGAGUGGAAAUGGCUCAAGUAGUAAAAUAGCUGCAACUUCAAAGCCACCACUAGAAAAUUCAUCAGUAUGAGGUCAAUCUUAAAAAGGUAUCGGAUAAAAAAUGAAAAAUAUACAAUUUAAAUGGUUCUACUUAAUAUCAGUUUGCUAAUAAUGUGGUGGGUCAUACAAAAAUGGUACCAUGGCAUCAACUUAAUUUUUGCUUUUAUCUUCAUUUUUACAAUGGUAGCAGUUAACAUGUGCCCUUGUUGGUCUUAACUGAUUAAUCACAAAAAAAAACAUGGACGGGUGUGAUAAUCUCAAGACAACUUUUGUGUCAAGUUUGACUUUUUAUUAGUCAUUAUGGAAUAGAACGGGUGGGUCACAGAAAUGUAUAUUAUUGCCAAUGAUUUGAGCAUGAUCUUGUACAUUUAAAUGUGUUCCAAAAUGUAAUGUGAUUGACAUGUUAAAGGGACUGUUAACCCCAAAAAAUCUUUUAACCUUGUUUUUCAUUUACUUUGAAGUAUUUGCAAAAAACACAAGUAUUGAUCAGCUCAGUCACCAUUUACUUUCUUUGAAUGGAAGAAGGUGAAGAAUGAAAGUGGUUAUUUACAUUUCCAUUUAUACAUUUUAUUGAGUUGCAGAUAUUUAACGGCAUGAAUUUGAGUAAAUUAUUUUUCAUGUUUGAGUAAAAUAUCCCAAUCAAGGCUUUAUAGAAAUAGUUCAACCAUAAAAGAAAAUAUAUUAAGGUUAUAUUAAAAAUGUCUUGGUAUAUAAUUUUUAGAUUUCUAAUAGCAUUGGAUAGUGCCUCAUUUUUAAAAGACAUUUUAAAAGUGGAUCCAUCAUCAAAAACGAAUCCAUAUGUUAUUAAAUGUCUUCUUACAAGGCAAACCAAUGAGCUAUUGUAGGAAAACAUUUAUAUUUCAAUGUUUAUAAACUAUAGCCAGAUGCCUGUUUUCAAGAUAGUUGAGCUCAGAAAAACACAUUUCUUCACUUCGGAAUAAUAUGGAUUAGUUUUAUGGGUGGAUGAGCUUUUGGAGCUUUAGAAAUGGGGCACUAUCCAAUAUCAUUAUAUAAAGCUGAAAAGGAAAUUAGCCAGGUUUUGACUGAAUAUAAGGUCAUAUACACAAGUUGUUCAAAGCUUGAUUCUUUUCUUUGUUUAUCUGAACCAAAACCGAUUUGUUUUAAGGUUGGCUCUUCUCUCAUGGUCGAAAGGAUGCAAAAGCAUCAUUUUAAAUCCAUGCAACUUGUGCCAUAGAUAUAAAGUUUCCAAAAGGCACACAAAUGGGUUUGGAAAAAACAAACAAAAAAAUAUCUAUUACUUAUAAAAUAUGUAAUUCAUUCAUCCUCUUAGUAUGAAUUCUCUGUGCCUGCAUUUUUACGAUGUGUUAGGCAGAACAUUUACUUAUAUAAUAUAUACCCAUGUAUUCUUCAUGUAAAAGCAUUUCAGUACUGCAGUUGUAACUUGAGAGAGAUAUCAAACUUUUGCUGCUAAAAUCAGCUUGAAUCUUUUUGUAUGUGUGUGUAUGUUGCUUAUGUAAAUACAAAUUGUCUAAAAAAAAUCAUUUUUGUAAUGUAUAUUUAUUUAGACAUUUAUUGCAUUUCACUGUUUGUUGUCUUUUGUAAUGCUAGUUGAGCUUUUGUAAUGUCAAAGAAUGAGGGUAUCUGAAUUGUCAUGCAGUUAAACUAAGGAAGCAUCAACCGGUG